CAUAUUAAUGAUGAUUAGUUCAUUGAAAACACUGACUCCAAGAAAAGAGUGAUGUCUUCAAAACAAGAGAUUAAGACUCCAUUAGCACCACAACCGGUGGGCACAUACUCCCAGGCCAUCAAAGCCGGCAAUAUUGUGUACCUCUCGGGACAGGUAGCCAUGGAUGUGAAGGCGGAUAAGUUAGUGUUGGAACCGUUUGAAGCACAGGCAGACCAGGUGUUCAAGAAUCUGAAGACAGUUUGCGAGGCAUCGGGCGCUACACUGAACCAAAUCGUGAAACUAACCAUUUUUAUCACAGACUACAAGAACUUCCCGACAGUUAACCAAACGAUGGAGAAGUACUUCUCUCGUCCCUAUCCGGCCCGCAGUACUAUAGGUGUGGCCAGUCUUCCACUGGGGGUCGACAUCGAAGUCGAAGGUAUUCUUCAUUUGCCCGAAAAGACUAACUCUAAGUUAUGAUCAGAUAUUUGUGUAAUAAUUGUUAUAUGAAAUUAAAUAUUGUUUUCUUUCAUACAAUUUUCAUGUGA